AUGGCAGGUAAUAAAAGUUUGGUCACGCUAUCUUCCGAGGAGCUCGUUCAAGUCUGCCGAUGGGUGAAGUCAUUUCAUUUGUCAAGAAAUAUCAAAAAUUUUCACCGCGACAUGUCGGACGGAGUGCUUGUUGCAGAAAUUCUUAAGCAACUUUACCCGAAGCACGUCGAUUUGCAUAACUAUUUUAGGUGCAACUCCACGCGAAACAAACUGAUCAACUGGCAGACACUGAACCAAAAGGUAUUGCGCCGUUUGAACAUAUGCCUGGACGAGGGAAUGCUGCUCGAUUUAGCCACCGGAAGCAACGAUAUUCUGGAGGUACUUCUGUUCGAACUAAUGUCCAAACAGCGCCUAGAAUCCUAUAAGUACUACCACCAUCUCGAACCGGUUGCGGAUGUUGUAUUGGAUGGAAACAAUUCGGACACCACAGCAACCCAUGACGAGGGUGAACAUUUGGCAGAACAGUAG